AAAACAUAUGCUAACUAACACAAUAAAAAAUAUCAUUUUUGACCAUUUAAAAAACUGAGUUAUCUGUUUUUGCAAACAAACUCGUCGUAUGUAUAUAUAGUGUUUCAAAUUCUCCAUUUAACGUCAAAGCUAAAAACUUUACAUAAUGCAAGUAUAUAAAUAAAUAUCCUCUUUUUUUUCAUAAAACAUACCAUUUUAUAUUCUUCGAUUGUGUGUAGUAAAACACCCACAGAUCAUCCGAGUCACGUUUGCAUUUUUUUUUAUCAUUAGCUAUAAUUCUAACAUUAAAAUCAGUAUCUGGCAUAAAAUAAUGUAUUCAGAAUCAUUAAUACAUUUAAAAAUGUGCCAAAAAAUUAACAAAUAGUUGUAACCUGGCUCAGACAAAGAUAGGAAUCAUGUAUUUACGCCAGUUUUCUUAUGAUUAAAGAAUCAUACAAGACUUCUUCACCUUGCAAAUGAUCGCCAAAAGCAAAAAAGUUAUGAAAAGCACAUAUGAAAAAGUAUGACAUGCUAGGGCAAAACAGGUACUGUUUUUGAAAUCAGCAUCCUAAAAGUAAGCAAAUAUGAUGCAGGGUGGUGUUAUCUAGUAAAACAGAUUUUUUCUAAGCUGUAUAAGAUGCACUUUUCUUUUGUCCCGCUCUAUAAAAUCAGUAGUUAUCAUUCACAAUUGCCAUGCUGUAGUUUGGAGCCAGAUAAUAUUCAAAUCAACAGGUCUGCGUCUUGAUUUAACUGCUAGCACUUUGCUAUUUCCGAAGGUAUGAAGAAAAAACUUAUCUGAACUCUGCUUUAGAUUUCGGUGGCUUUGUUUGCUGAGAAUGUCUUCGACACCUAAUAACUCAUUAUAUUUUCCAAAAGCCCUCUGUUUGAGAUGUUCCAUCAUAUCUAGUAUUCAAAUGGCUGCUGAAUGCAUACGUAUUAUCUGUCGGGCAGGCUCUAUGUGGUCAGUGACUUUAUAGGAGAGAGCUUCCUUAUCUCAGUCAAACCUGAGCACCACGGGCGCACUGUGAAACGGUGGUUUCCUGCGUAUGGUAUUGUCUGUUGUUUCUUUCAUUUUUCUUAAUUCCGAUUUUGUUUCCUUCUGUGUGCUCGCAACAUUCCUACACCGCUUUUAAAAUGACACCUUUGCACUUCAAAGAUUCUUUUUGGGGCCCAGAAUUCACCAGUAACGUCGGAUAUGAGACUCUUAUCCAAAAGCUAUGUGAUGGGCGACGGGCUUGUAAAGAUAUGGAAGAGCUCUUAAAAAUGAGAGCGAUGGCAGAGGAAAGGUACGGCAAGGAAUUGAUCACUAUUGCACGCAAGACAGGAGGGCAGAGCGAAAUUGGCACUUUGAAGGCAUCAUUUGACCAGCUAAAAGCCCAAAUGGAGAACAUUGGAAAUUUGCACAUUCAGCUCUCUGGGAUGUUACGAGAAGAGGUGAAACGAAUGGAGCAGUUCAGAGAGAGACAAAAGGAGCAGCGAAAAAAGUUUGAAGGGGUCAUGGAAAAGGUUCAGAAGACCAAAGUGUCAUUAUAUAAGAAAACCAUGGAGUCUAAAAGGACGUAUGAGCAGAGGUGUAAAGAGGCUGAUGAAGCUGAACUGGCUGCUGAGAAGCUCAACAGUACAUCCACUGUCACCCCCAAACAAUCUGAAAAGACACAAAACAAAGCAAAACAGUGCAGGGAUGCAGCAACAGAUGCAGAGAAACAGUACAUGUCAAACAUAGAGCAGCUGGAUAGGAUUCGUCAGGAAUGGGAGACCACGCACGUAUGCACGUGUGAGGUUUUCCAGCAGCAGGAAGAUGAUCGCAUUAAUAUUUUAAGAAAUGCUGUUUGGGUGCACUCUAACCACUUUUCCAUGCAGUGCGUCAAAGACGAUGAGUGUUAUGAAGAGGUGAGAAAAGUGCUAGAAAUGUGUGACAUCACGGAAGACAUCAACAGCUUCAUCAACUCGAAAAGCACUGGCACCAGUCCUGCAGCACCCAUUGUGUUUGAAAACUAUUAUGAUAGAGAACCAGCCACAGACAGCAAUGGUAUCACUCGCUUUGGAGGAGGUGUGAUGAAGAGGUUUUCAAAUCUCUUGCAAGGCAACUGUGCCGUUGGCUCUAAGACUAAUAAUGAAUGCAUUCAGCCAUCAGCACCACCAUCAGCUGAAGUCUCAGAUGGCGUAUAUGCCUCCAUUCCUGGAUUUCCACAAGCAACUUCAAACAGUGCUGGCUCUCACAGCGGCACAUACCAGGCUCAGUAUGACUAUGUGGCUCAGGGCCCUGAUGAGCUCUCCAUCUCCGUGGGGGAAAUGCUGCUCGUGGUGGAACAGGGAGGAGACGGCUGGUGGACGGUGGAGAGGGACGGCCAGACUGGGCUGGUGCCAGGCUCCUACUUGUCCAAGAUAUGAAUCAAGAAUCUAGCGCACACUAGAAAGGCUCUCCAUGUCCUUAAACGCCCUCUAAUAGCAGAGUUAUUAAGGGCACUCCCUAUGAAAGUGUCUCAGAGGAGGAUUUCUGUUUGCUCAAUGCAUUUAAGCAGUAGCACAUCCAUACUGAAAAUCUGUAUGGACCGUACAGUAGUAACGGGUUAAUAUGUAUAUUUAAAACUUUUAAUUAUACAUGACGAUCGUUAUUGCUGAGAUAGAGAUUUAUAUUUAUUAUAAAAGCUAUUUAUUGUGAAUGAAAAACUUAAGAAUGUAUAACAGACAAGGAGUAGCCACUACGGACUUGCCAUGAUUUAGUUCAUGCGAAGAUGAUGAAAAUGCACAGAUGUUGGUGUACAUAUUGAUAUUUAAAUCUCUCUUUACUUUUUGGAAAGUUUAAUAGACAUUAAUAGACAUCUAUAAUAGAGCUCUAGGUUCAGCGUUUUGCAUUUAUUACUUGGACUGCGUGAAAUAAAAGCUGUGUAAUGAU